AUGGCGAUUGUAGCCUCCAUUGUCAAGCAUUUGAGCCUUAGAAGAAAGGUUGGGUCCAUUUUGUGCAUUGUGAAGGAGUUAGAAGAUCUUGAGGUUUCUAAGCUUAGAGAAGAGGUCUUGGAUCCAGAAUCAUUAUCCAUUGCAAGGAGUUUGAGGUUUCUAGCGGCGUGCUUAUGGAUAAAGGAUAAACUCGGCGAUUUGGUUCGGCUUUUCCCCGAAUUUGCAGAUAAUGGAGAAACACGGCGAGUUGAAGGACAACUCGGCGGAUUAGGUCAACUCGGGCCGUUGACCUUGACUUAUGACCAUAUCUUUGACCAAGAUGUUCUAAGGGGGUACUUGAGCUCGGAGGUGUCGUUAGGGCAGCAAUUAGGGAUUUCUUUUAGUAAGCUUCUACAUUUGAGUUGUCUCUGUGAUACUUGCAUGGAAGACUCUGGGGGGAGCCAUGGCAUUUGGAUAUCAAACCAUGAGGGGAAAGCCCAUGACAUUCCAGGUAAAGACCAUAGGGGAGCCCAUGACAUACUAGAUAAAGGCCAGGGGGGCAUGGCAAUUAUAUGUAUGUUUCAUGAUAAUCUGUGUUUGUAUGUUGUAUGGUAUUUUGGGGAACUCACUAAGUUUCGUGGUUACAGUUUUCAAUUUAUGUUUCAGGUACUCCGGUUUUUAAUUGGGAGAGCUAUGGAUGAUUGCAGAGCAUACACCACCUGUUUUCGUAUGCCGCGAACUACUCUGAUUUGAUGAUGUUAUGUCAAAUGUUUGGUUACCCCGGUUUUUAGGAAGAAUAUGUAUUAGCGAUUAUAAAUCUAAAACCAAAUUUUUUUAUGGCAUGAUUUUCGGGUCGUUA